CAAGGAAGAGCGAGUUCUCUCGCGUGACAGAGAAAGCGAUCGCACCAGGAAGCGGUGUAGAAGGCCACCGAGAGACAACUCGUACUGUCGUGUACUCAUCGCUACUUACCUUUACUUGACAAUCUACUUUCCCGCCAAUCUCUACGAUGCGCAUGUGCGUCUACUUCAUCCUGCCAUUCCUUCUGGGCGUGGCUUUAGUUUGCUCUGCUGCUGACGAAGCGGAUGACUACUUUGAGUUCACCUGCCCUAAGCCGGAUGGGCAGUUUGAGGACCCCUACCAGUGUGACAAGUAUUACGAGUGUGAUGAUGGACGUGUUUCGGAGAAGCUGUGCCCAGACGGGCUCGUCUUCAACCCUGCCAGUAAACUCGUGAACAAAUGCGACCAGGUUUUCAACGUGGAGUGCCACGACCGUAAAGAGCUCCAACGUCCACGACCGGUUGGUGUGUGUCCGCGCCAGAAUGGAUUCUUCCCACAUCCGGAUCCGAGCAUCUGCAACAUCUUCUACAAUUGCGUAAACGGGCGUGAACUCGAGAUGACGUGCGUGGCCGGACUGCACUUUUACCAGCCGACGGGAACCUGUGUGUGGCCUGAUAUGGCCAAUCGAGAGGGUUGCGGCAGUAACGCCAACAAGAAACUCAACGAUGGUUUCCAAUGCCCGAAGGAGGCCACGAAGAUGGAUAAGAACGGUCAGAUCAUCACCCAUCCCAACUAUCCACAUCCAGAUGAUUGCCAGCGGUUCUAUAUCUGUCUGAAUGGCAUCGAGCCACGUCAGGGCACGUGUGACGACGGCAUGGUCUAUAACGAGGACCUACAGCGCUGCGACGACCCGGAGAAUGUGCCAGGAUGCGAGGACUGGUACAGCAACCCAGAGACAGACCGGGAAGCGUGAGCGUUCUGCAUGAACGUGGCCAUGCGCAGGGUCCUUGAAGCAGCCCUUAGCAACAGCCAAACCUAGCACUGUUAAGCGUACAAUAAACUACAACCGUU